AUGGGAACAAAAGCGCAAGGUUUUAUUCUAAUAAAUUCAUGCAUGAUUCCGUUUUCGUAUUGGAUGAUUGUAGGAGGAUCGAAGAAAGCCUCGAAAAACAAGUUUUUUUUCUAAUUGUUAAAAAUUAAUAACAGAUAUCAUUAAGAAUAUCAAGCAAAGAAAAUGAAGAGGUUUGCUGGUAAUCGGAUGAUAAGUGAACAUCGUGAGGUAAGGUUGACCGAAUGUACAAAGGAGAAGCUCAGCCGGAGAGAGGAACCGUCGUACACAUACAGAAAGAGACGAAGGUGCCCUUGGGCGACGAACCGUGAAUUUCGACUUUGAAAAUACUUUGGAAUCCUUAGUUUCAGACAUCGGUUACGAGAAGAUAUAAUCGGCUCUUUCGGAAUGGCCGAUGCCAUGUCAUUCAUUAAUCGCCGACGUUCCGUCUUUCGAUAUGAAGUCGCCGGAAGUAGCAGCAGAUUAAAGGUGACAAAGAAAGUUUUUCCCUUUUCGGUUAGUCAUCAAAUGGAAAGUAGUCUCUUUCUCAACUUAAUUCACUAAAAGAGAGUGAACUCGCGUUCCAAGUGUAUCAGAAACUUAUUUUGUCGCAGAAAAUCCAAGUUAUUAGUUGAGAAAGUUUAAAGCAGGAUUCCGAUUGCUCUUUGUUCUUUUGAACUUAAAAUUUCAACCGGUAGCGCUUUGGCGAUCUCAGCGUUGAAAGUCGUGGAGCAACAGUCUACGAAUCUCGGUUAAAAAUUGGAAAGAAGUACUGCAGAAAGCGGAAAAUUCACAAGGCAUCAAUGAAAACGUUAACUUGAGUUCAAUUUUAGCGCGAAUCGAUAAUGAUGGUACGAUUAAUAAAGCUGAAUGUAAACCGAGCUCUGAGAAUAAAUGCACGAGGAGAGCUGAACAACCUUCGAUAUAUCUUGACAUCUCCUGUAAGUCUUCAGAUAGUUGAGAAACCUCUUCACAAGAUUGUUCAAGACUGACCUCUCGCUUGAUGUUCUGCUUCGUAAAUACCCGAAAAUGGACAACGGCUCGAUUUCACAUAUUCUCCUGGAGACGUUCACUUGCCUCAAAGAACUGCAUUCGGUGGGCUCAACUCAGAUCUUUUCAGACUUGCUUGAGGAGAAGAUGAGUCAUCGAUCACACCGUGAUUCCUCCACUUUUCACAUGAGAAGGAGUGUAAUCUAUGCAAUAAAUUGGAAAAUGAUUUUCCGCCAUUUUCCUGAAACUCGAAAAUGACUAUAAUUAGUCUUUUUUUACACUUUUUUUCUUUUUUUUUAAGACCAACCCUUCUUUUUGAAAUCUGAUUGCAUCAAAUAAAGUCGAAAUCAAUGAAUUUCUAACGAGUUUCAAAUCUUCUCUAUUUCGAGGAAAAUGGCGCAAAAUCUUUCUUCCCUUUAUUGCCUCCGGUUUAGAGCAGAUUUAUUUCUGUUGCUGUAUUUAUAGUUUUUUUAAGUUUUGAGUUUGCUGUGCAGUUCCGGUGAAACGCGAGCAGUCCUGCGGCGCAUAUCGACCAACGGCUUGAUUCAAAUUUUUCAUAUUUUUUCGUGUAAAUUGUGUGAGACUGCGUCGAGUUUCUCAACUUUUUCCACGCCUGUUCAGCCCUUUUGAAAGCUAUACGUCGCGAGCUUAUGUACCGGCCAGACUGUUGUGGCCAUCUUUUCUAGAGAAACUAAAUCGAUUGUCUUUAUUUUCUCAUCAUCACGCGAAGCCUUGUUACUUGAGGUUAAUAGCAAAAGAAGAGAGAAAGUUGAAGAAUGCAAUUUGUCCAAAUCUCCGCAGAAUCCGGCAGGGCUGCAGGGAGAUAUCAAUUGAUAAACGAAAUACGUUUUCGGAGCCAAAAGUUUUCCAUCUCGAAUGUCUAACAGUAUCACUUAAGACGCGUUGCGCGCAUUUCGAUGUGCAGCCUUCCUCCUUCGCAUUGAAAAAAGACGACAAAAAGACUUUUCUCUUCGUGAAGUUGGGGUUUGCCGUUCAACUGAGCAAAGAAAGCAGGUGAAGACUUGAAAAAAAAAUUGAAAGUUUACAGCUCGGAGGAAGAAAAAAAAAAUCUUGCAGCCGACCUACGACGACUUAUGAAGGCGGUAAUCGGCGGUACGCAUCGCGCAGAGCCCACACAGAUCAACUGCGGGGACGGGCCGAUGAUUUCGAGUCUUUCGCCUUUAUGGCCUACGAGAUAGUCCACAUGGUUUUGUUUCGAACUAGUUCUAGGGUCCAUGGGAGUUUUUGGAGCUCGCAUAAAGUAAAUAUUGUUUUUUUUUUCAUCUUAAUUUUCUCUUUAAAAGCUCAAAUCGAAUCUUUAGUUAUAGUUUCUUGUUCACAAUUCCGAAAACACUCGAGAUCCGAUGAAGUAUCAGAGGUCAGACGUUUCUCCGGUGAAUUUUUACUAAAUUAGUGGUGAGAAAAAAAUUAAUUUUUUUAAAGUGAAUUCUGUGAGAUGUUAUGUUAUAUUUCUUUUCACGUCAGCUUUUUUCUAUGUGAGAAUAUAAUGUUCGAUUUCGACAGAAAGAAACUUCAGGAGAAGUUGCCUUGGUGGAAAGAAGCGGACGACCGUAUGGUGCAGUAUAUGAAGUGGACCUUCAUAAGAACUUUGGACACCAAAAAAGACGAUUCAUGUCGCAUAGUUAGUUCCUGCUCGGAUUCAUACAAUUUCCGAAAAAUAAGAACCCUAUUUGACCUUUCUUCAGGUGGCCGUGAUUGCCGAAAACGCUUAUUCCUGCUCGAGAACAAACUCGGACAAAAUCGAAGCAGCGAUAAUGGACGUCCUGGCGGUUGGAAUGAGUCCUUGUUCUGCUCACCUUCUCAGGUAUUUGCAGCAUUGGGCCAUGAAACACAAAGGCGAACCUCUGGCCUGGGAGAAAUGA